CCAUAACCUCACCAUCCUUGUCUCCUAGUCGUCGUCAUCUCUUUCUCUCUCUAUCAGAAGCUAUAGUGCAAACAUACAUAUAUCUACCGUGUUAAGUUUACUAAUACUUGUUUGUCUUCUUCAAUACUAAUAUUUUUGGUCUGCUAAAAAAAAUGGGGUAUAAGGCAGUGGAUCAAAAGCAAAAGCAGAAGCACAGAAAAGGGUUGUGGUCACCAGAUGAAGACCAGAGGCUCAGAACUUACAUCCUCAACAAUGGUCACGGCUGCUGGAGCUCCAUCCCAAUCAAUGCCGGGUUGGAAAGGAAUGGAAAGAGUUGCAGACUGAGGUGGAUAAAUUACUUGAGGCCUGGACUAAAGAGAGGGAUGUUUACUGCUCAUGAGGAGGAGACAAUCCUCUCCCUUCAUGGCAUGUUAGGCAACAAGUGGUCUCAGAUAGCCCAGCAUUUGUCUGGAAGAACCGACAAUGAGAUCAAGAACUACUGGCAUUCUUAUCUGAAGAAGAAGAAAAUGGCCAAAAUAGAACAAACUAAACCUCAUACUGAACCUGAAUAUACAAAUCCAAACACUGGAAACACACAAUCUUCCCUUUCUUCGCUGAAGUCCACCACUAGAAAUUUAAGUUUCGAAUCAUUUGAUAACAUGGAAGGAACAUCAAUGGAAACAAACGAGUCCAUAUCACAGUUGCCAAAACUUUUAUUUGCUGAGUGGCUCUCACUAGAUCAAUUUCAAGGCCAGGACUUGACAAAUUCAGGUCGGCCAGCAGUUUCCAAGGAUGAUCCAAACUACCAGUAUUCUUUUUUGAACUGUUUGUUAAUGAACGAAGGAGCAUUUGGUGGCAAGUUUCAUCAAGAACUCAGCAAUGGCUCCGGUACUGCUGAUGAAAUGUCUAAUCCGCAAUUCAAAUCCGAAGAAGAAGACCAGUUUGUUAAUUUUAUCACUGAGGAUGAUAUGUGUAGCCAUUUCAACAUGGACAGUGAUGUGUUUAUGUGAGGGGUGUAUAAGCAACAUCAAGCAAGAAGAAACAGUAAUUAGUUACUACUCGUCUAGAUAGAAACAGUUCUGAUAUACUAAUAAAACUGGCCAUUGAAAAUCAUAUAUGAUAAAGAAAAGGCCAUCUUUAGUUGUUUGCUUUGAAAAGCAUGUAGAUUAGGCAUAUAGGAAGUCAUGAAAGUUUAAUCAGAGGGUAUUUUUUCCAUGGAGUUGUUUCUCAAAACACUUCUUAUUUCUGUUGCAUACAAUGAAGUCACAAAUGCAUUUGUUGUUUCUGUAAAAAUUAGCGAUCCCCAAUAUAUUGAUGGUCUUUCUCAAGUA